AUUUGAUUCUUUAUUGCAAGUCAACUGCUACCCUCUCCAUUUUAUUAUAUAUAUACAUUCAUGUACAUAUUUUUGCAUAUGAACAAAUUCAUCACUAUGGAGUCCUCCACACUAGAAGAAAACAAUCCUCAAUCUCAAGCACCUAAGCUAAAUUUCAUGUUGAAAUUGAAGGAAAAUUUGGUAUUCAAAUCAAAAUGGGCUGAAUUGAAUGGUGCAAUGGGUGAUUUAGGCACAUAUAUACCAAUUGUCUUAGCUUUAACCCUAGCCAGUCACUUAAAUCUAGGGACAACACUAAUUUUCACUGGUGUAUACAAUUUUGUAACUGGUGCUAUCUAUGGUGUACCAAUGCCUGUUCAGCCAAUGAAAUCUAUUGCAGCUGUAGCUAUCAGUGACCCGGAUUUCGGCAUACCUGAAGUUAUGGCUGCCGGAAUUUGCACCGCCGGGAUCUUGUUCGUAUUAGGCGCCACCGGAUUGAUGCAGAUCGUGUAUAGAUUGAUUCCAAUUUCAGUUGUUAGAGGAAUUCAACUUGCACAAGGUUUGUCGUUCGCAAUGACAGCAGUUAAGUAUAUUAAAAAUGUACAAGAUUUCGCAAAAUCAAAAUCUGGAGGGCAGAGGGAUUGGGUAGGGUUAGAUGGAUUGUUGUUAGCUUUAAUUUGCGCUGUUUUUAUUGUGAUUGUUAAUGGUGCUGGUGAUGAUGAUCGCGUCGAUAAUCCUGAAUCAGGAAGAAGGGAAAAAGUUCAGAAAAUCAUAUUUUCACUUCCAUCAGCUUUUCUUAUAUUUUUGUUAGGGGUUGUUUUGGCUAUUAUAAGAGGGCCUAAUGCGAUGAAAGGGUUUAAAUUUGGUCCAUCGAGAAUUGAUGUAAUGAGUAUAUCAAAACAUGCUUGGAAGCAAGGGUUUAUUAAAGGGACUAUACCUCAACUACCUUUAUCUGUACUUAACUCUGUGAUUGCAGUGUGUAAACUGUCAACAGAUUUGUUUCCAGAGAGGGAAGUCACAGCUACCUCGGUGUCGAUGACGGUGGGGUUGAUGAAUCUAAUAGGUUGUUGGUUUGGUGCAAUGCCAUGUUGUCAUGGUGCAGGUGGGUUAGCAGGGCAAUACAAGUUUGGUGGUAGGAGUGGUGGGUGUGUGGCACUUCUUGGUGUGGCUAAGUUGGUUUUGGGAUUGGUUUUAGGGAGUUCAAUGGUGAAAGUUUUGACACAAUUUCCUGUUGGGGUUUUAGGGGUUCUGUUGUUGUUUGCUGGGAUUGAAUUGGCCAUGUGUGCAAGAGAUAUCAACACUAAAGAAGAGGCAUUUGUGGUGCUUGUUUGCACAUCAGUUUCAUUAGUUGGGUCAAGUGCUGCAUUGGGUUUUUUGUGUGGUAUUGUGGUUCAUUUGCUACUUAAGAUGAGGAAUAUGGGUAGUAAUGGUCAAUCUUGUUCUAAUGUAAUUUGGUUUCAUAGAAACCCAUAAGCAAAACUUGCAUGUUUAGUGCGUUGGUGAUCAUCUUCUUGUAAAUAAAUAAAGAUGUGUAUAUUUAUUUUUGUUGUUUGUUUGGAUAACAAUAGUAUUCCGAUCAUUUUACGAACAAUUUAACUAUUUUAU